UCUCUUGAAUCUAAAAGCUCAAUCAGGGCGUGCAGCAAGCUGCCAGUGUCCCUCGGUCCACUUCCAAGCAGCAGCUUAGUUGAAGUUGGUGGGUGGGGAAGCAUCCCUUCUCUUGGGGAUCUUGGACUCCAAGAACCGAAGGUGGACAUGGGAAUGCAUUUUGUUGGAGGUGAAAAUGCAGCUUUGGGCAGAGUGCAUGAAUAUUUUUGGAAGAAGGAUCUGUUAAGAGUGUACAAAGAAACACGGAAUGGGAUGUUGGGUACAGAUUAUUCAACAAAAUUCUCUCCUUGGCUUGCUUCCGGCAGUCUUUCUCCAAGAUAUCUGUAUGCUGAGGUAAAGAGAUAUGAGAAAGCGAGAAUUGCGAAUGACUCAACAUACUGGGUUUUAUUUGAGCUGAUAUGGAGGGACUACUUCAGGUUCCUUUCCAUUAAACAGGGAAAUUCUAUAUUCCAUCGCGGCGGUCCGAGAAAGUUGGGGACCAAUUGGAGUCAAGAUGGUUCACUAUUUGAGUCUUGGAGAGGAGGUCAUACUGGUUAUCCCCUAAUUGAUGCGAAUAUGAAGGAGCUUUCUACGACUGGCUUUAUGUCCAAUCGUGGGCGUCAGAUUGUCUGUUCCUUCUUGGUUAGAGAUAUGCAACUGGAUUGGCGCAUGGGAGCUGAGUGGUUUGAGUCAUGCCUCAUUGAUUAUGAUCCCUGUUCUAACUAUGGGAAUUGGACAUAUGGAGCAGGUGUUGGCAAUGAUCCAAGAGAAGACCGUUAUUUUAGCAUCCCAAAGCAGGCAAAGAUUUAUGAUCCUGAAGGUGAGUAUGUUUCAUAUUGGUUGCCAGAGCUACAGUCUAUUCCAAAGGAGAGAAGAAAUUUUCCAGGAAAAUCAUAUAUCAAACAAGUGGUGCCUCUUAAGUUUGAAAACACAACACAUAGGGAGAAUCAUUUCAGUAAAGAUAAUAAGUUCUAUAAAAAGAAACAAUAUUGAAUGAAUGCAUAAUCUUGGUCAAUUUCAUUAUAUCUUACCUCUUAUAUAUUAUAAAGUGCCAAAAUAUUACUCGAUUACUUAUAUCAAGUCAUUUUAAUCCCAGAGUUUAUAUUAGUGUUGAAUUGAUCCCCCUAUUUUUUAAAUUGGGGUUAGAAGAAUAGCCAUGAAGAACUAGUAGAGCUUAAAUUUAUUAAGUAUGGGAUCAAUUUGUUGUUUUUAUAAAUUUUAGGACACGCGAUUGUAUGUAAAUAGUCCGUUCAAAACAGCUUAGAACAAUUUACAUUGGCAAUUUGCAAUUUGCUCUUACACCCCAUAUAUAGAUGUUUUGCUUGGUCCAAUUCACAUUGGCAAUAGCUUUAUGGCAAAGUAUAGUUUCUUUCUUUUUUAUUUUUUUAGUUCUUUGUUUAAAUAUAUGUUCCCAUUUCGCUCAUGUAUCAUUUGAUCUCUUGUUGCUAGCUUUUGUAUUUUUAACAUUUACUUCAGAUAUUUAA